AUGUUCACUGAAAACGAGGAACCAUUACAACUAUCCCACAAACGAUCUGAACGGUAUCGCGAGCGACAUCGUGGUCCACGACCUCUUCAAUCGUUGACUCCAAAUCAGCUUCCACCUCUCGUCAUUUUACGAGCAGAAGAAUACCGUCGUCAGCACCCAGAACGUACCUUUGUAUCGCAUAAGCGCAAGCAUACAGCCGACUUUGCAGUGCAAGUUGAUAAAGAAGACACGCGUAUUUAUGAUGAGAAUUAUACCAGCAAGAUCCCACGCAUUGAUAAGACAGAUGGGAAAUCUAUUACCAAUGAUUUGACUACAAAGGAACAACAUAUGCGUAGACCAAGUUCGGCAUCCAUUAGAAGCCAAGGAUCAAGGCAUACACUAUUACCAGCAUCAGGAUCUUCUCAACAGCAACCGCAAUCACCACCACCAACACCACCACGACCACACGAAUCCCUUCAACAGCAACGACCAUCGACACCAUCACCACCACUUCGAUCUCCUCAACAGCAACUACAAGCCAAACAACCUUCUAAUCACGUUGUACCGCAUAAGCGCAAGCAUACAACCGGCUUUGCAGUGUAUGUUGAUAAAGAAGACACACAUAUCCAUGAUGGGAACGAUGAUAACAAGACCCCACUCAUUGAUAAGAAGGAUGGGGUAUCAAUUACCGAGAACUUGGCUACAAAGGAACAGGGAUCACCAUCGCCACCCCAACUCCAGUCUCCUCAACAGCAAUCACAAUCACCACCACCAUCCCAGUCGCCUCAGGCACCAAUUACUGAUAACUUGGCUACAAAGCAACUGGAAUCAUCAUCUUCACCGCCAGCUCGAUCACCUCAACAGCAAUCACAAUCACCUCCACCACCACCAUCCCAAUCGCCUCAGGCACCAAUUACCGAUAACUUGCCUACAAAGGAACCGGAAUCAUCAUCUCCACCAUCAUCCAAAUUGCCUCAGCAACAAUCACAAUCCCCUCCACCACCACCUCAAUCGUCUCAGGUACUAAUUACCGAGGAUUUGGUUACAAAGGAACCUCAACAGCAACCACAAUCCAACAAAUCUGAUAAUCACCGUGACAAAGCAUCCGAGAUGGGAGGCAUACCAGAUGAUGUUGAUUUCGAGAUUGAUUUUGAUUUUGGAGAUAUGGGAGGAUCAAUGCAUGAUGAACAGGAGGAUCGACCCAUUGAAACGAUAAAUCGACGAGAGUCAAGAGCACAUGAUUUAACGAAUAAUGGUGAACAAGAGGAUCGGCCCGUUAGCAAGAUCAAUCGACGAGAUUCAACACCGGUGCAAUCCAAAGCACGUGCUUCCGCGCAUGAUGAUGAGGAUGGUGAUCGGGCCAUUGAAAGGACACAUCCAGUACACAAGGAGGACAAGGCAACAUCAGAUGAACCGGAUGUGGAUCAGCAUGAGAUUCUGGAGAGGGUGAUUGAACGUCUUGCUGAUCAAAAGGUGUUAUUGCUCAACCCUGACACAAUCCGUUCUACCGAGAUGAUCAAGGACAAGCUACAUGAUGCCAUGUUGGGAACUACUGUGAGAAUUACGCAGCAAAAGGCGCUCGCGCAGCUCAAUUUCGUUGAUCAGGUACUCGAAAUGAUUCAAAUAGCUGUCGCCAAUGCCACGAGUAUCCAAGAUGAGAUGCUUCAAGCUUAUCUGGAAAUGUUCCAAAACUAUGUGGUGGGCCCUCUUGGUGAUCAUAUACGAAAUAUGAAGGAUCAGAAAAAGUCUGAAACGAGGCUCAGGCGAAUUCGGCAUCAGAAAAACGCCGUGCGUGUCAAGAUGUUGAGCGAACAAAAGCAAGCAAACAAGAUCCGUCAAGAGGUUAAGCAAUUGGAGGAUAUGAGAAAGAAAAUUCAAAAGCAACAAGAGUCAUAUAUGGAGCUCAAAGAUUUCCUGAAUGCAUUGGAUAAUAUGAGCUAG